AGAAGCGGUUUGAUCAUAUGCGGGUGCCAAUCCUCGAGUUUUUGCUACUCAUUCUCGCAGUUUCCGUCCAAUCAGCAAUUUCCAGGGUUCAGACUCAGCCAAGUUCAUCCCCUCGCGAGUACGAUCCAGAUGACGACAUUGUCACCGUCGAGUCAGAUACACCUCAGGCUGUUCCCGAAAGUCAGAAGUCGCUGGCGCGUCAGCCUGAUCCGCGUGACGGCCGAUGUCUCAUUGCGAAUUCGACUUGUCAAGCUGCCAUCGAGAUACGCCACCUGGUGGCCCGCUCCACAGACCACUCAAUCGUCUGUUCUUUUCUUUACUAUUUCUCAGAGCACUUUGCCUUUCCAGUGUGCAAAGAGCCGGAACGGGAACGACAACAGCGACCAUGACCCCACCGACCUCGAUGAUCCACAUCUUUAUUUAGAACGAUAGUAGACUUUGAAGGUAAGCUUGUAGUGCUUGAGGGGCUCAGUUGUCGAGUAG